AUGUCGUUGCCCUCAGAUUUCCUCUGGGGCUUCGCUACAGCUGCCUACCAGGUCGAAGGCGCAACCCAACAAGAUGGUCGUGGUGCAACUAUCUGGGAUACUUUCUGUGCUAUUCCGGGGAAGAUUGCAGAUGGAACUGACGGGUCUGUCGCCUGUGAUUCAUACAACAGAACUUCUGAAGAUAUCGCCCUCCUGAAGAGGCUGGGUGCUACUGCCUAUCGCUUCUCUCUAUCGUGGGCAAGAAUUAUCCCCCUCGGUGGUCGUAAUGAUCCCAUUAACCAGGCUGGUAUUGACCACUACGUCAAGUUCGUCGAUGACCUACUUGAAGCUGGUAUUGUUCCUUUCAUAACAUUACUACACUGGGACGUCCCAGAUGCGCUUGACAAACGAUAUGGUGGACUUCUGAAUAGGAAAGAAUUCCCACUCGACUUUGAGCACUACGCCCGCAUCGUUUUCAAGUCGAUUCCUAAAUGCAAGAACUGGAUCACAUUCAACGAACCUUGGUGUAGUUCUAUCUUAGGAUACAGUACAGGGUUCUUCGCCCCCGGUCACACAUCUAACCGAGCUAAGUCCGCUGUCGGUGAUUCCAGCCGAGAGCCUUGGAUCGUCGGCCACAACUUGCUCCUUGCUCACGGUAGAGCCGUAAAGGUAUACCGCGAAGAAUUCAAGCCUAAGGACAAGGGACAGAUUGGUAUCACUCUGAACGGUGAUUAUACAUACCCGUGGGACCCCGAGGACCCGAGAGAUGUCGAAGCUGCCAACCGAAAGAUUGAGUUUGCCAUCUCGUGGUUUGCUGACCCCAUCUAUUUGGGCAAGUACCCCGAUUCUAUGCGAAAGCAACUCGGUGACCGACUGCCGGAGUUCACACCUGAAGAGCUAGCUCUAGUUAAGGGCUCUAACGAUUUCUACGGCAUGAACCACUACACUGCCGACUAUGUCAAACACGGCGACGGCAACCCGGCACCGGAGGAUUUCCUAGGUGACCUAUCAACUCACCCAUACAGCAAGAACGGCGAGUGCAUCGGUCCCGAGACGCAAUCAUUCUGGCUACGCCCCAACGCGGAAGGGUUCCGAGGUCUACUUAACUGGCUCAGUAAACGGUACAACUACCCGCCGAUCUACGUAACGGAGAACGGAACAAGUAUCAAGGGGGAGAACGACCUAAAGGAGCCCGAGAUCCUCAACGACACGUUCCGAUACGAGUACUUCCGCGACUACAUCAACGCGAUGGCCAAGGCAUCCAGCGAAGACGGCGUCAACGUAAAGGGAUACAUGGCGUGGUCGUUGAUGGACAACUUUGAGUGGGCCGAGGGUUACGAGACCCGGUUCGGCGUCACCUACGUCAACUACGCCGACGGCCAGCAACGGAAGGAGAAGUAUAGCGCUAAGAAGAUGAAGGAGAUCUUCGACGCGGUUAUCAAGAAGGACUAA